GACUAAAGAAAAGGGACAAUGAGCUGGACACACACACACACACACACACACACACACACACACACACACACGGAGGAGAUCAGCUAUCUUCGGCUCAGUUACUAAGAGAACUCUUGAGGGGAGCAUUGUGCAGCUACUGAUCUCUCAGUGAAGAAACAGACGCAGCAUGCACACACUCUCUCUCCUCCUCAUCCUCCACCUUCUGAAGCCAGGCGUGUAUGAGUCUUGUUCCCUGGUGGUCAGUCCUGCUGGGCUGGUGGUGAAGUAUGGAGCCCCUGCUUCGGCCAACUGCACCUCCGAUACGGUCACCUCUAUGGGCUGGGAGCCGAGCCUAGGAGAAUCUCCGCUCUUUGGCACUGAGGUGAAAGAGCUGACUUGGAGAGUAGACAGCCUGACUGACUGGAAUAUAAAGCCUCAAUGCUUUGAGAUCUCUGAGGUGGGAGGCCAGUGUGCCAGAGUGCUGAAAGUUACUGUUUACAAGCUUCCAGACAGAGUCUCCAUCAGAUAUGUAAACCACUCUGGUCCCGUGGUUGAGGGGCAUCAGUACUCUCUGCAUUGUUUUGUCCAGAACACCGCUCCUAUUGAGCACCUCAGAGUGACCUUCUUCAAAGUCUCUACCAAUGGUGAACGGACAGUGUUAUACACACAACCCCUGAACAAUGACAUUCACCAAUUGAACAAUGACAUGAGGCAACCGGUGAACGAGAGUUAUUCCCUGCAGUUCUCCCCCACUAGUGUUGACGACGGGGCCCAGUGGUUUUGUUCAGCCAUGUUGGAUCUGGGACCAGAGGGACCCCGACCUCCUGCUGUAAUGGAAUCAGACCGCCUCAACACCACUGUGCACUUCGCUCCUGAGUUCUCCUGUUCUGCCAAGCUAGAGGUGCGAGCGGGGGAGGGGCUAACUUGUGAUGUCAGAGGCAAUCCCCUCCCAUCGGUCACCUGGCUGAGAGACGGACAGAUACUGACCCCGCCCACACACCUGAGCAGAGAGGAUGCUGGGAAUUACACCCUCAUGGCUUUGAACCGUAUCGGAAGAGCCAAUCACACAGUGGAGGUGGAGGUUCUACAUGGCCGUGCUGCUAGAGGAGCUUCCUGUCAGGCUGCUGGGAGUGCCACGGUGGCUGUGCUGCUCCACCAGCUCAUUCAUUGGCCAUAUUGAAUGAUUAUUUUUACUGACUGAACGGUUGAGUUAUUCAUUGACCAAUCAGGACACCGAUCUCUGUGCUGGAGCUUUGUGAUUUGACAGUGAUCUGUGAGGGCAGUCUUCAAUAGAUCUGGAAUCAGAGUUAAUAGAAAACCCUUUUUGCCUAAAUGUGAAAUUAGCUGUUUUGAAAUGUGUUAUUUUGAAGUAGUGCUAUUGAACAGGUCUGUAAUUAAGCAAUGAGGCCCGAGGGGGUGUGGUAUAUGGCCAAUAUACCACGGCUAUGGGCUGUUCUUAUGCACGACACAAAGGUAUAAAUGUUUAUUUCAAAUCCUAACCUUAAAUGUUUAUUACUAAUAAACUAUAUAAAUGUUUAGGCCUAAUCCUAACCUUAAAUGUUUAUUACUAAUAAACAAUAUAAAUGUUUCGGCCUAAUCCUAACCCAGUCUCUAGCAACAGAUCUACCAUAAUCCUAACCCUAAUCCUAACCCUAAUCCUAACCCAGUCUCUAGCAACAGAUCUGCCAUAAUCCUUAUUGCAAUGUGUUGUCUAUGUCUUUUGUGACGAAUAAAAGUUGACCCAUAAACUGUCA